GUCUGAUUGUCAUCAGUUGCCACUCCUUGUCAGUCUUGGUCAUAUCGAAGACUCAAAGGUGUUCGUUCGAACAUCGAAAAGGAGCAUUCUAUGUAUGUACAUACCACAAGGGCCAAGGCACAAAUGCAAUAAACAUUGUUCAGUUUCAUAUAUAUGAGCGGAAACUUUGCAUAUUCUUACAUCACAACACAACACAACACAACACACUUCAACACACUUCAUCACACCUCUGCUAGAAGAUAAAAUGAGUGUCACUUAUAAUGAACCUGUACCUGAGGUAGCAACGCGACUGACAUUCCAAUGUAAUUUAGCUAAACGGGUAGCAAUUGACGUUGGUGCAGCUUUAGCGGCUGCCUUCUGUGUGUCACCUAUAAUAACCAUAGUAGAUCGAUCGAUCAUUAUGAAUGCAUCCGGUGCACAGAAGCUAGGUAGUGCCCUUGUAGGCGGUGUGAAGCAGCUCACAUUUACUCCCACUUCCUUCAUCAGAGGUUUGGACUUCAGGCUUAUAUGGGGUCUAUACACAGCCACUUAUGUAGUUGCCAACGUCGUCGACACGGUGAGUGAGCUCAACAAGAAAGACUCAGCUAUGCCUAAAUUCGUAGUCACUACAGCAGUUAAUGGGUCUCUGUGCAUAGCCAAGGACAGAGCGUUCACGCGCAUGUUCGGUACUAUCGCCCCCACCUCUCUACCAAUAGGCUCGUAUGGUCUGUUCGCCGUACGUGAUAUGGCUACUAUUGGCGCUUCCUUCUCUCUACCUGUCAAAGUGGCUGAUCACAUGCAUGAUGAGUAUGGGUAUGAUCGGAAACGAGCUCUCUUUGCGGCUCAGUUACUGUGCCCAAUGGCUGUUCAACUGGUGUCCACGCCAAUGCAUCUACUUGGAUUGGACUUGUACAACAACAAGACGGCCACAACAUCGCAACGUGCUUCGUUCGUCGGGAGAGAAUAUCUGAAAAGUACUGCCGCUAGGAUUUCUCGUAUCGCACCGGCGUUCGGUAUUGGAGGAAUAUCCAACCGACACUUCCGCGAGAGCACUAUUAGAAAACUUCAAUAAGGGAUACAUAGAUAUCUAAAAAGAGAGGUAACGACUUCCUGUUGAUGGUAUUGUAUACUUCAAGUGAGGUGUUCCAUAACCUAUAGUCAGAAGCCAUAAUAACGCUAUCAUACAAUGAUCUGGUUGUAUUAAUGCACUGCCAACCAAGCGAAUAUUGCUACACUUUUCGCCUACAACUGGCCCCGCAUGCCUUGACCCAACCUAUCCACGAUUGAACAAAUCGCUGGUAGAUUGCACAUCCAGAUGUGCGACUCAAAUAAAGGGAGCUGUCAGUGUAAGUAGUAAAAGUAUAGAAGCAAUCCCGUAGGCCCAUACUCAAGGUGGUUAGGGUAUAGUAUGUUAUCACAAUCGAACAUAAUACAGACAUAGCAAGGGCUGCUAUGAUUGUAUAUUGUUCGUUAUGUGCACUACAGUGCUUUGGAAAUUAUUGGGCCACUCUCUGUGUAGCUACUGUGUGUGUAUGUAUGCUAGAUGCAUUCAUGCUCUCCGGUAGCUAAUUGGACUAUCAAAAUAAAUACACUGAAGUAUACACACUCG